AUUACGAUGGAGUGUUCAGAGGGAAGCCAUGGCAAGGCAAGCUAUCCCGCGUAUCGAGACUGCAUAUUACGCCAUUCUCAACCAUCUAAACCCAGCCACAGCUUCUUUCUUACAAGCCCAGCAAGCUCACGCCCACAUUCUCAAAACAGGGCUCUCCAACCACGCUCACCUUGCUACCAAGCUUCUCUCUUUCUAUGCGAACCACCUCCAUUUCAAUGAAGCAAGUCUGGUGCUCGAUUCAAUUCCCGAACCUGAUGUCUUCUCCUUCUCCACUCUUAUAUCAGCUUUCUCGAAAUUCGAUCGUUUUGACCAGGCCCUUCGCCUCGUUUCUCAGAUGCUCUCCCAUGGCCUCCUGCCAGACAAUUUUGUCCUCCCUAGCGUCCUCAAGGCCUGCGUGGGCCUAUCGGCCCUCGAAAUGGGGCGCCAGGUUCAUGGUCUUGCAUACGUGACCGGGUUUGCUUCGGAUCCCUUUGUACAGUCCUCUCUGAUUAACAUGUAUGUUAAAUUCGGUGAUAUAAGAAAUGCCCAUAAAGUUUUUGAUGGAAUGACACAUCGAAAUGUAGUUAGUUGGAGUGCUAUUAUUGCGGGUUAUGCUCAACAAGGAUUUGUAGGUGAGGCCAAGGAGCUUUUUAUUGAGAUGAGGGAUUCAGGGAUGGAACCCAAUACAAUAUCUUGGAACGGUUUGAUUGCCGGGUGUAACCAUAGUGGCUUCUCAGCUGAGUCGGUGGCUUUGUUCCAGAAGAUGCAUUUAGAAGGUUUUAAGCCUGAUGGUAUUAGCAUUUCUUGUUCUCUUCCGGCAGUGGGGGACUUAGGGGAUGUGAAACUGGGAGUUCAGAUCCAUGGUAACAUAAUCAAGCAGGGUCUUGGAUCGGACAAGUGUGUGGUUAGUGCACUCAUUGAUAUGUAUGGGAAGUGUGGUCACACGUUAGAGAUGUGGCAAGUGUUUGAUGAGAUGUCAGAAAUGGAUUUGGGUUCAUGCAAUGCUCUAGUUGCUGGACUCUCUCGCAAUGGCCUUGUUGAUGAUGCAUUGAGGAUAUUUAGGCAAUUUGAGGCCCAAGGAAAGGAAUUGAAUGUUGUUUCCUGGACAUCAGUUAUUUCUAGUUGCACACAAAAUGGGAAGGAUAUUGAAGCUUUGGAGCUUUUUAGAGAGAUGCAGAUAUCUGGAAUAGAACCCAACUCUGUAACAAUCCCAUGCUUACUUCCUGCCUGUGCCAACAUUGCAGCCUUGAUGCACGGGAAGGCAGCUCAUUGCUUCUCCAUUAGGAGGGGGAUUUCCUCUGAUGUAUAUGUUGGUAGUGCUUUGGUUGAUAUGUAUGCCAAGUGUGGCAAAAUUGGAGAUGCACGGAAAUGUUUUGAUGGAAUGCCCACAAGAAAUUUGGUCUGUUGGAAUGCAAUUGUGCGUGGAUAUGCUAUGCAUGGAAAGGCUAAGGAUGCUAUGGAGUUGUUUGAUUUGAUGCAGAGGAGUGGACAGACACCCGAUUUCAUAAGCUUCACUUGUAUCCUCUCUGCUUGUAGCCAGCGUGGUCUAACAGAAGAAGGAUGGUACUAUUUCAAUAGUAUGUCCCAAGACCAUGGCAUUGAAGCUAGAAUGGAGCACUAUGCAUGCAUGGUUACCCUCCUAAGUCGUGCAGGAAGGAUAGAAGAGGCUUAUGACAUGAUUAAGAAGAUGCCAUCUGAACCAGAUGCUUGUGUUUGGGGAGCUUUGCUUAGUUCUUCCAGAAUUCAUGGUAAUGUGAGCAUGGGCAAGACUGCUGCAGAUAAACUUUUCAAAUUAGAACCAAGUAAUCCUGGAAAUUAUGUUCUUCUCUCUAAUAUUUAUGCUGCCAAGGGCAUGUGGAGUGAAGUAGAUAGAGUCCGGGAUAUGAUGAAGGACAUGGGUUUAAGGAAGAACCCUGGUUGCAGUUGGAUUGAAGUCAAGAACAAGGUACACAUGCUUCUGGCAGGGGACAAAUCACACCCACAGAUAACCCAAAUCAUAAUGAGAUUAGAAAGAUUGACUAUAGAAAUGAAGAAGUCAGGUCAACUUCCAAUUACCAACUUUGUAUUGCAAGACGUGGAGGAACAUGACAAGGAGCAAUUCUUGUGUGGGCACAGUGAAAAAUUGGCCAUUGGUUUUGGGCUUCUAAACACUCCACCAGGUUCUCCCCUUCGAGUAAUCAAGAACCUUCGAAUCUGCAGUGACUGCCACACUGUGAUAAAAUUUAUAUCCAGCUUUGAAGGGAGAGAAAUUUUUGUUAGGGACACAAACCGCUUUCAUCAUUUUAAAGAUGGGGUAUGUUCCUGUGGAGACUAUUGGUAAAGGAUCUUUAUGGUUAAGUGGGAUAGGCAUCUUGGUCAUUGAAAAUCCUAUAUUUUGGCAUUUGAGAUGGAUUUAUUACCCCAAGCAGCUAUUCUUCAGUUUUGCAACAUCAUAUCUGAAGAGAUGGAUACCUGCAUUCUUUGUUGGCCAUGUGUAGGGCAUCAGGGCUGAUGCAUGAAUUUGAUCUUACAGGAGGGAAAAGUUGCAUGUAAUUAAAUAUACCAAUUAUUGAUUUCAGUAGUGAGAAAAACUUUCCAUAUUAGACCCAUCAUUGAUUUCAAUAAUACUUUGCCUUGAGGGAAGGGUGGGGGGAAGAAAUAAGUACCGCCUUGAUUUUAA